UAAGCCUGAUUCCUCUUUCUCUCUGUCUCUUUGCCCUUCAGAAUUCCCUUUCCAAAACAAAUUUCCCUGGACUUCAAUUCCUUUUAUAUUUCUCUCUAUCCCCGGAAUUCAAACUAUUACCUCUGAUUAGACUCCCGAAAGAGGGGUUUAAUUAGGGUUUUUUAUUUCCCCUUUUCCUCUCCACGAUUGAAAAUCUUUUUCUUCUGCUACUUUCCCCGAUUACGUUUAGGGUUAGCGUUAGGGUUUCUUGUAUCUCUUUAACUAGUAAGGAAUAAGAUGUAUGCUGAUCGAGUGGAGGCUGAAUCCAAAAGGUCAAUAAAGGACCGACUCAAUGGGGCCUCCAUUGGUGAUAAUCGACGGCGACAGCUCACCGGCAAGAGGCAGAGGCAAGAUGACAAGUGGGAACAUGAUCUUUAUAACAAUGAUGAACACCAAAUUUCAAGCCACAAGGUUGGGGCUCGAGAUCUCCGUUUCAAGCUCCAAAAGAAGAAUCUCCAACAAGCAUCUCAAAGUGGGUCUCUUUCAGGUGUUAGGGAUCUACGUGAAAAGUUAUCUGGCGCGAUUAAUACACAACCAUUGAACAUUGAUUCCUCAAAGCCAAAACUGGAAGCUCUUAGACCAGCCAGGAAAAGUAUAGUUGUUGAGGCUGCAACUGAUGUCAAAAAGGCCACGAAUUCUGCUCCUAGAAAAAAAGCUUCACAAAAGGUUGGGACAUCAGUGGAUGAAUUUCUGGACUCUUUGGGUCUCGACAAGUAUACUAUUACUUUUCAAGCAGAGGAAGUUGAUAUGACUGCUCUAAUACACAUGACUGAUGACGACCUCAAGGCUUUAGGAAUACCAAUGGGUCCAAGAAAGAAGAUACUUCUAGCUUUGGAAUCAAGAGCCUGACAUGUAAGAGGAGAGCAGGUUAUUUUCCGGAUAUAUUCCCUGUAUCAUUAUAUUCCUAUGGCACUUGCAUGUUAGCAGGCCUGUGUUUUGACUGCCAAGGGCUUGACAUCUUUCUCUCUUCUUUUUCUUUUUCCUUUUUUAUUUUUAAUUUUUUUAGUUUUUUUUUUUUUUUUUUUGGUCCCCCUUAUGACUCUGGUUGUAUUGCUGAUAGAGUGGCUUCACCAAGCUCAUUUUGAUAUUAAACCGAUGGGAAAUUAUUAGCUUGCAAGGGAGGUAGGAAUUUUAACGUAAUGAAUUUAUUGGUUUCUUUUA